AUGGCCCCCACUACGCCCUCCUUUGACUGGUCCCAGGGCUCCGUCUUCCUACAAGACGGUAUAAUUUACUACUCUCCCAAUUGUAACCGACCAGUCCGUAUCAAGGCCCCAGAGCGGAAUCACCCCCACCCAUUCCCCGAACGUGCAGAGCCAGAUCCCACCUCUGUCAAGCAUCCUGUCUGGUGGACAGACACCUUUGGGUGGAUGUCCUUUAUACCGCUCAACCCAUCCUUUAUCUCCGACCCCUUCGACACCUUUACCUGGCAGCCUGAGCUGGAUGUAACUCCUAGCUAUAAUACUCCACCCGGUCCCACUCUCUACCAGCUCGAAAUUCAUACUAUAAAGCAUUGGCGGUUUAAGGAACAAUGUUUACUGGAAGCUGCGCACAAAAUGAAGCUAUGGUACCACGUACCAGCCAGUCAACCACCCCCGCCUUCCAUCUUUAAAUACGAUGAGCCCUACACAUCGAAAGAAGAAGCUUAUCGCCAGAUUAAAUUGGCGCAAGAUUGGUUUGCCGUAUGGAUGGGAUUCUUUGCCUAUUUCGCUGCUUGUGCCAAAUAUGACAAGUAUUGUGCAGGAAAGAUGGUGAGAGAGAAGGGCGAGUUACUACCCCAAUGGUAUACCAGGCUGCUCGAGGAGGUUCCGAUGCUACAGCAAUCCUGGUUGGACGGGCUUUUGACAUCGCCAGCGUGUAUAUUCUCACCCAACACUCAGCGUGCAGGGAUAUGUGCCAUCGCAGAACAGGCCAUCAUAAACAACCCCACCCUUCGCUAUCUUGAGCCUCCUGCAAACCUUGUUUGGGAUGCCCUUGAGAAGUUUCUGAACCAAUUCCCCAGUGUUCCUCUCGCUGGCCUUAUCCUUAGGUCCUACUUUCGAUUUCAUGAUUGCCCGCUGCACUCCACCAAACAUAUAUUGAGAAUGGAACACAGUACGUUGUUGGUCACGAAAUAUAUGUAUGAAAAAUUUGCUUUGCAAACCGACAAGGUCAAGGCGGCUAUGGAAGAGAACCAGGUGGAGGCCACGGUUGCAGAAUUGAGGGAGAUAGUAAGCCGAGCCAUGGACAUGGACCUUGCAGAGGCCGAGCGAGCCAUAGCAAAUCUCCCCACUCACAAUUGGAUGGACAAAGGUGACUACCACCGGAGAGGAGAGUUGUACGACCACGUCUCAAUAUUCUUGGAGAAACGCGAGAGAAACCAGCGCUUUAUCAUUGCGACUGAGACCGAGGACGCAAAGAUCAAAAGGCUUCAAAGAGAGGAGGCCCUCCCGGGGUACAACACAUCGGUCUAUAGGUGGAAAAUCUCAAACGAGUGGGACAUUUUUGAUGAAGUGGAUUUGCCACGAAAAUAUUUGCAAUUUGUGGACCCCCCUCCUAGGAAGGACGGUUAUAUCUACGACUAUCCUAUCCAAGCCGCCCGCAUCAAUCCCCAGUCCAUCAUCCCCGACAACGAUGUACCCCGUGUAGAAUCCGUUCCCGUCAUCCAAGAACCCUGUGUAGACUCUUCCUCGGGUGGUGCGACUUCCCCUCAUGAACCUCAGUACGAGACAUUCCCCAUGGACACGGAGGAAUUUCAGGAGGGGCCUUCCCAGCCUCCGGUACAUCGUCCAGAGCCGGGCCCCUCCACCAUGGAUACCGACACUGAUGAAGCUUCGAAAAUCCACAAUUACGAUUGGGACACCGCCGACCUCAUCUCCAACUUGCAAUACAGCUAUGGAUUCGUAGCCUCUGUAGUCCCGAAGAAGGAGGAUAAGACACCGGAAGGCUGGAAACACGCCUGUCAACACUUUGGGUUUAGGAAGGAUGGGGCAGAACAGUUUGUCUCAAACACGGAUCGUCAACUCAUCUGUCAGUUUCAUGACGGUUUGAUGGGGUCAACUGACUGUCCGCUCCCUCAAGACAUUCACGAUCUCCACCCGCAAAAUUACCUAUCCCUUCAAGUUUUAGGGAAUCUCAGCCUCAUCCAUCGGCCCAUCCCAAAUCUAUUUGUUUUCGCUCAUCACGAUAUACGUGCACCUCAGGAAGAGUCCGACAGAAUGUCUGGUGAUUGGAGUAUUGGAGUCAAAACCCCAGAGGCUGCUUUAUAUGUCUUACGAGUCUUCCAGUCCCAUCCUGGGCAUACAGUUGUGCAUCAACCCUACAAGGAAGUUACCUUUUACCGCAAAGUCAGCUACAAGUUUACCAACGACGACUAUGAGUCCUCGAUGCUGGCCUGUCGGCAGAUACUGGACCAACAACGCGGUCGUGCAGCGCUACUCAUGGGUGGAAUAGUAGGACGAAUCGCCAAAGAGUAUCUGAGCACAGAGUCUGUUCUCCAGGGCCCAUCAGUGGAAUUGCUGAGAAAUGGACGCGGAUAUGUCGCUAAUCCAGAGGCCGAGUUGCUGGCUUACUGCAAUGACGGGCUUACAGAACACGAUAUUGCGAUUAUUAUCGGGUCGUAUUCUCUCAUGACGGAUUUUAAAAAUCAGGUUGGAGUCAAGUCUUGGUUUCCUCCCCCGGCAGUAUGGAAUGAAAUUGACAGGAAUGGGAUAGAAUGGCUGGAAUGGACUGAACGCAACGAGUACUGGUACCAGACUAGGCUGGAAUUAAUUCGAAAUGGCAAAGCGCAACCUUUAACGCUUCAAGACUGGAAGAGCCUUCUCAAAAAUAAGCCAGUCCGUGUUCUAAGGGAAUCGGUGCAAGCUCGAUCAGCGGCAUUUGUCCAUGAACAUAUCCCCGUAACCAGGAAUCCUCGUAGAUAG